UUUUCAUUCAAAAAGGAAAAAUAUUUCCAAUACAACGACGUCGUUUGCUGUUGUUCCUCCAAUUAUUCCAUCAAGGGUUUCUGCUGCCUGCACUCCGCAAAGACCCAAACCCAACUUCAAUUAUCAAGUGGAUCGCAUUCUAGCUCAGGUUGAAAAUGGUAUCCUAUGCGUUUAGAAAAUAUUCAGAGUAUCUGUACACGAAAUGGGAAAGGACGAUUCUUUGGGACAUGGUUGAGCCAUACAGGAGACCAAGAUCGUUUACUCCGCUUGUCACGAUCUACAUCUGUGCAUUUUAUACCGGGGUCGUUGGUGCAGCCAUCACUGAGCAACUCUAUAAGGAGAAGUAUUGGGAGGAUCAUCCUGGUGAAAUGGUACCCUUUAUGAAACCGAUGUUUUAUGGCGGCCCUUGGAGAGUAAUGAGAGGUGAUGUUCCUCCAACUGGAAAAUUUGAGCUCUGAACUGUUAGUUAGUUCUUAGGUUUGUUUUGUUUGGAAUAUUUUGGGUAUAUGUUACACCUUCUCAUGUUUGCUGUUGCUCUGAAUGGCAAUAUUUAUAGAUAAUAAGCUCCACAACUACACAGCUUUGGAGCAUAGACUUUAUGGUAUUUUUUUUUAUACUUUUUUUGUUGUCUUGAGUAUUAUUAUUGUUUUGGAAAAUGACCAAAUAAGCUCUCAAGAUAUUUGGAAAAGUUUAAUUGCAUUCUCAAAGUAUUUGUCA